AUAUAAAGUAGUAAAGUAUUUUACAACACAGUUGAUAGAAACCUUUUAGUGACAUCAAGCUGUUUCAAACGUUUGCCAAAUAUUGGCAAUAAUAGAAAAUAAUAAAGUGAGAUAAAAAUGUUAUGUAUAUUUAUUUAUAUUGCAAAAGAUUUUAUAAAUUUAUAACUUGUAAUAUUGUUAGUGAAUAAUUCAAAUUAUUACCAUAUAUCGUCCUCUUUCUAUAUGAUACACGUGUGCAAAAAGUUAGGUUAUAAUAUUGUUUGGAUCUUUCUUUAGAUAUAGAUAAUCAUGACAAGAUAUACAAGGGCAAAGGGAUCCAAAGCUUCAAAUGAACGCUUACCCAAUGAUGCUACUCCGUGGCAUGUUAUGAAACAGCAAUUAACUGAAAAUGAAACAACAGAAAAGAAAGUAAAAACAGCGAAAGAACUUUUAAGUGAAAAACACGAAUCCAUUGAUAAUACAGCAAGUAAUAGUUGGGCAAGUUUUGAUGAUGAGAAAUGCGAUAAAAAAGUGACUCAAGAUACGAUAUCUAACAAAAUUAAAAAGAAAAAACAUAUUAACAAUGAGAAUAAAUCAGAAAUUCAAAUGGAAAAUAAUGUUAAUUUAAAUAAAAAAAUAAUAGACAAUGAAAAUAAUUCUGUACAAUCUCAUCAAGUUUUAAGCAAACGACAAAAACGUAAUAUGAAAAAACAGAAUAAGAGUCUGCAUGAUUCAACUACUACAACUUCAACAAAAGAGGAAGAAUCUAAAAUGAAUAAUACUGAUCUUCCUAAUUCAAAUCACAAUGAUACUAAUUACCCUUCAAGGUUCAAUAAAAAUUAUCCAAAUGGAAAUAAUUACUUUAAUAAUAAAUUUAAUCAUUAUAAUGGUAAAAUGUUCAAACAAAAUAAUAAAAGGAAGCCUCCAAAAAUUAAAGAUGACAAAGAACAUAAAAGAAGAAAGCCUGAUUAUGGACCUAUCAAAAUGAUGCUUAAUGGGGUAGAAAUAGAGAUAGUCAAGUAUGAUGGAUUUCCAGUAAAGAAAGAAGAUGCAGAGAGAUUAAAAGAUUUACGACAAAAAAUGGUAAUGCAAGGUAUACCGAAAUCAGAAAUUGAUAUUGCAAUGAAAUUGGAAAGAAGAAAAGCUGAAAAGGAAUUGGCACGUGCUAAAAAGCAUGUUUGCUUUCAUUGUCGUAAAUCUGGUCAUAAUUUAUCGGACUGUCCUGAACUUGCAAACGAACAAUCUGGUACAGGGAUUUGUUUUAAGUGUGGUUCAACUGAACAUACUCAUUUUGAGUGUAAAGUGACUAAAGCUCCAGAAUACAGAUAUGCAACUUGCUUUAUCUGCCGUGAACAAGGACAUAUUUCCAAACAAUGUCCAGAUAAUCCUAGAGGUAUCUAUCCUGAUGGGGGAGCUUGCAAAAUUUGUGGAGAUGUUACGCACUUGAAAAAAGAUUGUCCAGAUUUAAUCAAAGAAAAAGAAGAAUCUAUAAUUACAGUAGAUAAAAUUACGGACGGUACUUUAGAAUCUUUGGAUUCAAGCAUUGAGAAAAAUAAGAGUGAUAAAGAUAAAAAUAAUACAAAAAAUAAAAUUGUAAAAUUUUAAAUUUUGCGAUGAAAAUAUUAACUUCUUUCAUAUGCUAUUAUGUGUAUUAUAUUUUUUACCUAUAACAUACAAUAAUAAUGGUUGAAUCAAUACAUUAGAAAUAAAAGAUGUACUAAUGUGAUUCAUAUGUAUAAUAUAUAUACAACGCUUUUUGAUGUACAAACACUUCAAGUGAUUUUUUUUUUUAUAAGAAAUCUGAUAUCAGACAUGAUGUUACAUUUAUUUAAUUAAUGCGCUACCAUUUAUGCAUCUCGCAUCAUAUAUUUACAUAUUUGAAUUUAAUUAUAAAUUUUAUUUCUUAUAUAUCGUACGUAGGAUUACAUACAUUGUAAGAGAAUUGUUUUCUCUAUUGUUUACAAAAAAAAAAGGAAGGAAAAGAAAAUUUAUGUUGCAUAAUGCAUGUUCUUUCUUUUAAUAAAUAAAUUUUUCUUUUUAGUAAAUUAUUGUAGCCCAUUGAUAUCAGAUUUUCAUUAUUUACAAAAAACGCUUUAUUAAAGAUUAAUGUUCUACUAUUUAUCAACAUAUUCUUAUCUACAUCAGCUGCUCUAUAAACAUAAUUAUUUAAUAUUACAUUAAUGUUCAUAUAUUUUAUCUAAGCCUGUAUAUUCACAAUGUAUUAUAAUAAAAAUAUUAAUCGAA